UGCUCCACUCCAUCAUCACCUUUUCAAUUGUAAGGCUGAUGUCGAUAUAAAAGGCACAUCAAACAGAUUUUCAACCUUGAACUUUGAACUAGAGAAUAGUCCUAACAAGUAUUCCACCAAUUCUAGUGCAAGAUUGAUUCAACACAAAUUUUCGUCAACACUGAAAUCUACAGAAAGCGAUGCAGCAUAUCGUUAUAAUUUCAAAGAACCAAAAUAUCUUAUUUUUUAUAACAAACAGCAAAAAAAUAGAUUUGGUAAUUUUAAAAGUUAUAGAAUAUUGAACAGAGGCGUUUCAGUGCUAAUGCUCCCAGAAGGUUCUGGGAAUGAACCAAUCGCAUCAUGGGCACGAUAUCAGGUAGCUGUUACAAAGUAUAAGGAUUCUGAGCGGACAAGUAGUUCCAUAUAUUCAACUUUAGACAUAGCUGAUCCAGUUGAAAAUUUUCAGAAAUUUAUUGAUGAUGAUGAAUCUAUUGUCGAUCAGGAUCUUGUUGCCUGGAUAUCAAUGGGGAACCACCAUAUUCCACAUACCGAGGACUUGCCAGUCACACCUACACCAGCUAUGGACUCAAGUUUCUUCCUAUCUCCUUAUAAUUACUUUGAUGAGGAUCAAGGAAUAACAUCUAUGAAUGCUGUUAGAGUAGAACCUAUGGAUAGAACAAAGAGGGAAACAUCACUGCACAUUCAGCGUUAUGGAGUAAAACAAGAAGUUCGUUGUGUCCCAGAGGACAACCAGUAUGAUGAAGUGAUACAAAAUGAACCUAGUUUGAUUAUCGAGGCUUAGAUAUCUGUCAAUAUAGUUUACUGAAUUAAAAACUAAACUAUGCUUAAUAAUUAUUAUGUUGGGCUCAAAUUAAGUGAAUGUAUAAGGCCUGUACGAGAUUAUACCUUUUAAACUAUUCACAGUUACAUUUUCUUGAAAAUAACCCUUUUUGGUUGUAUACUAGCGUGGUGUGUUUUCAAAAUGCCCCAAUGUCAAUUCAGAACUGUAAAUUUAAUGAUUAAUCCAAUUUGAUUCAUGUACAUUAUAUGUUUUUUAGAACCAAAUUUCAAAAUAUAUAUUUGUGUUU